CUCCUGCCGCGUCAUCGUCCUGCAUUGAGAUGAAACUCUGCAGGAAUCGAUCGAUCAAGGCGACGCCUGCUCUCGUCCCCAGAGUCAGGUCUUGGACGGCAUGAGAAGAAUACUACCACUCAUCUUCAUCAUAUCCUCUGCUACUCUUUCCUACUCUACGGUUCGUAUGGCUUUCCUUUCCGCCCUCUUCUCAUGGAGUCUAACAAGGACUUACAGCCCAGAGGCGUUCCCCUCACCGGACUGCCUCACAGCUCUUCGAUGCUUCCCAGGCAGCAGAGCAUCUCACGGCGAUGCUUGUCUUUGUGAGGCCUCCAACAGCACCCAGCCAAUGGCAGAAAUGCCGCAGUGGCUUAUCAAUCCCCUCCUAGCCCCUGAAAGCAUGAUGGUGGAUGGUGCCAUCUCAGGCCCGCCUCCUGAAACUGGCACGGGCACCUACGGAGGCUUCCGACACGACCUUGCUCCUCGAUUGGUCCCCUGAUCCGGGCGGAGAGUGAGGUCACAACUCGCUUGGCGGGGUCCGAGUCACGAUGUCUCUGCUCAGGGGUUGCCGAGACUUCCUGCCGCUUGGGGGAACGAUCCCUUGGCCCGGCGCCGCUCGCGAUGGCUCAGCGGCUUC